UCAACUCCUUAAAUUAAUACAAAACCAGGGUCCUCUUCUCCUCUCAUUGUGUGAGCUUUCCUCAACUCUCACUCACUUUGGUUAUUCUUAGUCGCAUUGCUUUAUAUUUUGCUAAACACAUUCUACAGAAUGCCUCCUACUUAUUUUCCUCUACGGUGGGAGAGCACCGGAGACCAGUGGUGGUAUGCUUCUCCGAUUGACUAUGCAGCUGCCAAUGGACAGUAUGACUUGGUCCGAGAGCUCCUCCGCAUUGACAGCAACCACCUCAUUAAGCUCACCUCUCUACGCAGAAUUCGCCGCCUUGAGACUGUUUGGGACGAUGAAGAACAGUUCCAUGAUGUAGCAAAGUGUCGUGCGCAUGUUGCACGAAAGCUUUUCCAUGAAUGCGAGUCCAAGAAGGGAAAGAACUCGCUCAUUCGAGCUGGUUAUGGUGGAUGGCUCAUUUACACAGCUGCCUCAGCUGGACAGAUUAGUUUUGUCCAAGAACUGCUAGAAAGAAACCCUCUUCUUGUUUUUGGGGAAGGAGAGUUUGGAGUUACUGAUGUACUCUAUGCUGCUGCUAAGAGCAAAAACACUGAGGUUUUCAGGCUGCUGUUUGACUUUGCAGUUUCACCGCGAUUUUUAGGCAGAGGUGGGGUGUUGGAGGAGCACAUUGGGGAGAUUCCUUGUGCUUAUAAGAGUGAGAUGGUUAAUAGGGCGGUUCAUGCUGCUGCUAGAGGAGGAAACAUUUUGGUCUUGAAGGAGCUUCUGUCGGAGUGUGAUGAUAUUUUGGCUUAUAGGGAUGUUCAGGGAUCCACUAUUCUACAUGCAGCAGCCGGAAAAGGACGGGUAGAGGUAGUGAAGUACCUUAUAGCCUCCUAUGAUAUCAUAAACUCCAGAGACCAUCAGGGAAACACAGCAUUGCAUGCAGCAGCAUCUCGGGGCCAGUUAGCUGCAGUUGAAGCUCUUCUAUGUGCAUUUCCUUCGUCAAUGAUUUCUGCCAAAAACAACUAUGGAGAUACAUUUCUCCAUAAAGUUAUAUCUGGUUUCCAAACUCCUGCAUUCCGUAGAUUGGACAGACAGAUUCAGCUUCUGAAGAACUUAGUCUUUGGGAGGGUGUUUGACAUUGAAGAAGUCAUCAAUGCCAAAAACAAUGAAGGUCGGACUGCCCUUCACACAGCAAUCAUUGGCAAUGUUCACUCUGACUUGGUGCAACUUCUGAUGAUAUCUCAAUCAAUAGAUGUCAAUGUCCGCGAUAUGGAUGGCAUGACGGCUCUUGAUUACCUCAGGCAAUGGCCUCGUUCUGCAUCGUCUGAUGUAUUAAUUAGGCAGUUGAUUUCGGCUGGGGGGAUCUUUGGUUGUCAGGACUAUUACAAUGCAAGAAAAGCCAUUGCUGCACACUUGAAGAUGCAAGGCGAUGGAGGCAGUCCUGGAACGUCGUUCAAAAUCUCCGACACUGAAAUCUUCUUGUAUACAGGAAUUGAAAAUGUGUCAGUCGCCAGUGCUGGUCAUCAGCAUAAGCUUAGUACAGCAAGCAAUUCAUCUUCACCGGAACCAAAUCCACACAACACAGCUGAUGAAAACCAGCGCUCAAUUAGUACUAAAAAGCCUUCAGGUUCUGUAAACCAUGCAGCAGAACGACUGAAACGUGCAAUAGGGUGGCCCCGGAUCAAAGAGAAGAAGGCUGAAAGAUUUAAAAAAUCUGUAGAUUUUGGCAGCACUACUUCAGAUGAGGCUCCCACGCCACUCCGCCAGAGAUUCUCAAAGGCCUCCUCGUCACUUCCCAAUAACAAAAGAACACUCGCAGUUAGGAGUAACCAAUCAAGUCCAAAUGCCAAGAAGAAGUUCGCCUCAGGUUUAAGGCAUGGUGUAAUGCAAGCAAUCCCACACAUAACUGUCCCACGCCGUUCACGCUCUAGCUCAUUUUCGAAAUCAUCAUCACUCUCUUCACCAAGUUCCCUAGAUAAACAGAAAGGUGUUUGCAUCGACACCGAUGCAGCUGGACCAUCUUGGUCCAAUCAAGUAGAUGAUGACGACACCCCAAAUUUGGGUAGCAGAAGGUUGAAGAGGCAUUACUUCUGUUUCGGGGCAUCAGGCCUAUCUGCGAAGCACCCGGUUAGCAGGCGACAUCAGAAUCAGAGCUUCAGGCCUCCUGUUAUAUCAGUGGCUUAAAAUGAUGGAACUAACAUAGAGGAUGAUGAUCAGUAAGGGCAGCUAGCUGGUUCAACACUUCUACUAGUACAACUUUUACUUUUGUCCUGCUUAAUUCAGUGCCUGAUAUGUUUGCUUGUUUUAACAAGUUAGUUAAAACUGAGUACUGUUAUAGUAAAUGUACUUUUCUCAAAGUAGUUGAGAUCUAUCUUUCAUGUGUAAACUUCCUUAACUCUUUCUUGAUGAAUAAUUUAACAGAGAAGAGCGAGGAAGCCAUGAAAUUAUAGUAACCCUUUGA